AUGGGUAUCGAUCUUAAUCGCCACCACGUCAAGGGCACUCACCGCCAGAACCCCAAGAGUGACAAUGUCUACCUCAAGCUCUUGGUGAAGCUGUAUCGCUUCCUGUCUCGCCGCACGGAUUCCAGCUUCAACAAGGUCGUCCUUCGACGCCUCUUCAUGUCCAAGAUCAACCGACCCCCCGUGUCGCUGUCCCGCAUCGCCGCCAACAUCAACAAGGAGGGCGAGAAGCGCACCGUCGUCGUCGUCGGCACCAUCACCGACGACAACCGCCUGCUGACCGUCCCCAAGGUCACCGUCGCGGCUCUGCGCUUCACCGGCACUGCGCGCGCCCGCAUCAUCAAGGCCGGCGGCGAGGCCAUCACCCUGGACCAGCUGGCCCUCCGCGCCCCCACGGGUAGCAACACGCUGAUUCUGCGCGGGCCCAAGAACAGCCGCGAGGCCGUCAAGCACUUUGGCAUGGGACCCCACAAGAACAAGAAACCGUACGUCGUCUCCAAGGGCCGCAAGUUUGAGCGUGCUCGUGGCCGAAGACGCUCUCGCGGCUUCAAGGUCUAA